GGGAGGAUACAAUAAGGGCAUAUCAGCGUGCGGGGGCGCGCCUGCGCGUUCCCGCGGAACUGUGUGGAAGUUUCCCUGCAAGUUGAGAAAGACAAGAGGACUGCUGGGAGCGGAGCGGCACAAGUCACCAGGAAAAGGGGAGAUACAGCAAACAAACAAAAAAAGUGAUUAAAGCGAGUUUUUAUGACAUUUCCCUCUUUUUCAAAUGAAAGCGGUGGCUCCUGUUAGUGUUUGUGGAGUUACCUCACAGGAGACGAGUCAUCAACGGCAGACUGGAAUUACUGAUGGAACCUUUGAACUACAGCUAACUGGGAAGUGGAAAGGACAUCAUUGACUGGCUGAGCAGAGACUGUUCACCCACUAUCAUCCCCACCCACCCCACCCCCACUUCUUCUGGCACCCAGGCCGCAUCUAUGCUCAUCAACCUGUCGGUGGCCAUCAAGGAGACUCGUGCCUUUCAUGGAACACAGCCUGCCCAGCCCGCCGCUGCCCCUGAAGCUGUGGAAGUGACAGCCAUGGAUUCAUGCUCAGCGCGGGUCGCUCCUCCGCCGCCGCCGCCUCCCCUGGCACCUCCACCGCCUCCGCCGCCACCCCCUCCUCCCCCACCUCCACCUGGACCCUCCUCCUCUCCCUCCUCCUCCUCCUCCUCUUCGCCCUUCAGCCGGGCGGACAGCGCCCGUCGGAGCCGGCUGAGGAAGCUGAACUGGGAGCGCAUCCCCAAAGAGAAGGUAGAGGGCAGGAAGAGUGUGUGGAGCGGGGCGGCACCGGGCGAGGACGAGUUCCCCAUCGACCUCCAUUCUCUGGACGAAUUGUUCGGUCAGAAAGACAGCAAGCCUCAGGACAGGACCAGCACCCUGAGACGCCGGUCUGCUCUGCUGCGCUGCAGGUCCCCUCAGGACAGCCCGGAAGAGAUCUCCUUAUUGGACUCCAAACGCAGUAUGAACACUGGAAUAUUUCUCCGCCAGUUCAAGAUGCCCGCUAAAGAGAUAGUUGAGGAUAUCAGGCAGGGUGCUGGGGACCGUUACGGAGCGGAGAAACUCACAGAGCUCUGCAAAUUGCUGCCUGACAGUGAGGAGGAGUCCCGCCUGAGGAGGUUCAGUGGGGAGCGGAGCUGGCUUGGAGAGCCCGAUCUUUUCAUGCUGCUGCUGGUGGAGGUCCCCAGUUUUCGGCUUCGUCUGGAUGCCAUGAUCCUGCAACAAGAGUUUGACCCCGCUGUGACCUCUCUGUGUGUGGCAGCCAGAUGUCUGAGGGAGGCAGCCAGAGAACUGCUGAGCUGUCCUGAAUUACACUCCAUCCUUCGUUUGGUGCUGAAAGCUGGGAACUAUAUGAACGCUGGUGGAUAUGCGGGGAAUGCUGCCGGUUUCCGAAUUUCAUCGCUGCUCAAACUGGCUGACACCAAAGCCAACAAGCCGGGCAUGAAUCUGCUGCAUUUUGUAGCUAUGGAAGCUGUGAAAAAGGACCAGAGUUUACUGUCAUUUCCCAGCCAACUAGGCCAUGUUGGCUCCGCCUCUAGGUUAAGUGAGGAAUCUGUGCUGGAGGAUUUAUCCAAGUUAAAAAGCAGAGUGGUUGCCCUCAAGGCAGACACCCAGACUGAGGCAGAGAUUCAGCAGCAUACGCAACGUUUCAUAGAGGUGGCUGAGGAGCGUCUGAAGGAGGCAGAGGAUGAGGUAGAGGGCAUGAGGAUGUCGAGUCAGGCUCUGGUGGAGUUCUUCUGUGAGGAUGACAGCACUUUCAAACUGGAGGAGGCUUGCAGGGUCUUCCAUUUGUUUUGCCACCGCUUCCAAAGAGCUGUCCAGGAGAAUGCAGAGCGGGAGCUGAAGGAACAGAAACGUCUGGAGCGUCAGCGUGAGAUGGGCGAGAAGCGUCGCUCUCUGGCUGUUUGUACGAGCCUGGACCUGGGCCCGAGCCUCGCCAGAGAGCCUCAUGGUCAGGAGAACCAGGACGAGCUGGAGAAACUCCUAGAGAAGAACUUGAGCUAUACUUGGAGUCGUCGCAGCCUGAGAAGCUCUGACUCCCGCAGACACUCACACCACCUCCACAAUGACGCCCACCUCCAUAACUCGUCCAUUCUUAAGAGCUUCCCUGAGCUGGGCAGCAGCCCGACGUCAAACAGUUAUCACUCAAACAGCUCUUCUGACCAUGAGAACGCAACUGUGCUUUGUAGCUCUCCAGAGACUGAUGGAACAUGUUCCCCUACUGACCAAGAACCUGUUCUGGGCAGAGGGAGCCGGGCUCAACUCAGCCAAACGACCAACCAGAGCAUGGGAGCAGUUCAGGACUCGCAUGUUGCUACAUUUAGUCAUUCUCAGCAUGGACGUACCUUCACGGUCAAACAAGAGGGGCCUGAGAGCAUUUCUUAUGCGCUGCAAGGCCAAACAAAGGAAACAGGACUUGAAAAAGAAGCUGAGACUUCACAUGUACAUGUGGCUUUGAUGAACACUGACUCUUCACCGAGUUCCUGCACAAACCCUGCUGCUACAACUGCUCUAUGCAUUAAAGCCCAGCCCUCUGCUCACAGACAUAGAUUUGGCCUGCCAGUAACAGAUCACUCUCCUCAGAGUAAAUCUAAUGGCUCGCCUGUCAAUGAGCCUGUACCUCAGUCUGUUCAUACGAGUGGAAUACCUUCUCACAGUGAGACCAGGGCUGGGCUGCUGAGGUACCAGAGAUCUGAGAGCCAAUCACAACCAUCUGUAAAUACUCCAGAUAAAGCCCAGUCACAACCACAGAUGAGAGAGAUGUGUGCUGCGACAACUGCUGCAAUGCCUUCACCUGAUGCGGGUCCAACGAAGCAGGCAGACACAGAGGUAGUGUCCACACCUGUGGAUGAGAACUGGAUGCCCUCCAGCCUACCAGAGUUCAGCCAGUUGCAGCCAGAGGAAUACUCUGAUUUGCCAUGCCCUGAGAGGGAGAUUGCAAGAUCGUACCGCGUUGGUGAAACGCUGGAGUGCCACACUUUGGUGAAAGGUCUCCGAUCCUAUGACGCCCUGUCUCCCCCAACCUCUCCACUCCCACGACCCGCCCCUAGCCUCUGCUCCAAGUGGAGGAAAGAGAGGGAGGUUGACCUUCGAGAGGGGGCAGCUCCAGGGUCACCUACAUCAAAGGAGGAGAUUCAAACCAUGAAGAUCCCCGUACGUAGUGGAAUAGGAUCCAAAAGAGGACUUAUGUCACGUGCAGGACCUUCCAACAGCACAGGCAUUCCUAGGGUGCGCUCUAAAACUGAACCUUCAAACGGUGCCUCAGCCCCUACAAACCCACCCACCCCUAGCCGGCUGUCUGCUUCUCGAAGCAUAUCAAUGCGCUCGUCUCCCAUCACUCGGCCCGCUGCUGUUCAGGUGGAGGUGAAACGAAGUAAUAGCACACGGGAGAGGACUGUAAGUGAGACGCAGACUCCAGGAAAAACCACCCUGACUCGAAGGACCUCAGACAGGUCUGUUACUGAGAAGGUCCCAGGCAGCACCCAGCCAGCCUUUGUCAGAGGGUCUCCUCUCCGUGUGUCAAAACGGCUCGCCCCAAACUCUGAGACUCAGGUUUCUCCCCAGCCUCGCACCGCCCACAGCCCAUCGUCUGCCACGGCCAAGACAAUACGCACAGCUGUCAUAUCUGCAGCCCGAAAUAAAACUGCCAAGACCACGAGCACGAGCGCCUCUCCUGCUAGCUCUAAAAUCCCUACAGCUUCACGGAUACCUGGUCCCAAAAUGCCCCGGGCUGCUGCAGCUCAGCCACUCUGGAGGUGAUGGAAGCAAAAAAGUGCUGUUUGUCAAAUCUUUUCAUGCCUUUUAUCAUUUGUCUAAUUCAUACAGUGUGGGUAUUCAUGAAUGGUGCAAGUCAUCCGUCAGAUGAUUUCUGGUCUGAAUCUGCUCUCUUUCAACUGUAGCUCAUCUAAAUUCAACUCUUAUGAAUGAAAUUGUAUGUAGUUCUGAGCGCUUAGGUUCUACACAUGUAACACAGAGCUGCACUGGGAGCAUCUGCGAUACUUUAUCUCAUGUGUUUCACCCACCUCUAGAAAAGUAGAAUACCUUCUUUAAAUCCUACCUCUUUUUACAUCCACUUGUGUCCUUUGCAGGCAAUAGGACACUACAGAAAGACCCAUGUGUACAUGUAGAACAGUUUAACAUAUAUUUCAUGUUGUUAAAAUGAAUUCAACCAAGUGAACACUAUAUGGCUGGAGUGUCCUUUGCAACAACUGUUUCAAUGACACUGGCAUUAAAAAAAAUGUUUUUUUUCUCUUUAUUCUAUUUUAGGAAAGUGUCCAAACGUUUUGAGUACUGUGACCCCCCCUGCUAAGUGAUCGUUGCAUCCUCACACUAAACUCGGUACACUAUUGAACUGUUCAUCCUCUUGUCGCCUUAUCGCUCUGAUGCACUUUACAAACUGAAGACGAGGCUGCGAGGAGAUGAUUACUGUAAUUUCUCUUUUAUAUCAAAAUAUUCUAUAACUUUAUUGAAUGGCAUUGGUUGUUAUUCACUGCAUUAUGUGGAUUUGUAAAUAAGAGAAGAUGAAUAAAGAUGGAGAUGUGGAUA